UUAGCUGAAGAGUGUUGUACUGCUUUAGUAACUGACUCAUAGUCUAAUGUAUUUUUAUCUUGGACUGAAUUUUGAUGAAUAAUGUCUUAAGUCUUGGUUCCUUGCAUAAUGCGCUGAGCACGUUUGGUGACGUAAUGAAGUAGAUUUCCCUUGACACUUUCUAUAGAUGUGAAUUAGAGAUCAUGUUUCAUAUUACUGCUGUACUUGUAGCAGACGCACAUGGGCAUCAGGUCUGUCUGCUGUAGACGUAUUCCCUUGUUAAGGCUCUAAACCGUGAUUUACUAAGUGCGUAAAGUUUACGCACGAACACCUAAUCUUUCCAAACUCUUUUUCCCUCUUCUCCUCUCUAGCCGAUGUACACGGAGGAGUCACCUGUUGUUAAGGUGGAGAACACUCCCUUGUUACUGUUUUUGUUAGCGGGACGUUGAUCCUCAGCCCAGCGCAUUACCUCAGACAGCCAGCUCUACCAGGACCCGCCGGGGGCUGUCAGAGCAUCGCGCCGGCGUGGGCUUCGUACUCAUCGCGGAGAAGAUGAACAUCCAGAUCCUGCCAGAGCACAAACUGUCAUCAGUCGCGCCGCUGAAACAGUGCGAUGUGGAGAAAAAAGAGGUAGAACUGAUACUGGUCAAGGACCAGAAUGGUGUCCAGUACACCAGCUCCUCCAUUAUUUCCACCCCUGGGAACCGCGUAGGUUUACCCGGAGCGGCUCCUGAGAGCGACCGAGAAACUUGGGGCAAGAAAAUAGACUUUCUCUUGUCCGUCAUUGGCUUCGCUGUGGACUUAGCCAAUGUUUGGAGAUUUCCAUACUUGUGCUACAAAAAUGGAGGAGGUGCCUUUUUGAUCCCAUAUACUCUUUUCCUGGUCAUUGCCGGGAUGCCACUGUUCUACAUGGAACUCGCCUUGGGCCAGUACAACAGGGAGGGGGCAGCUACGGUUUGGAAAAUAUGCCCUAUCUUUAAAGGUGUGGGCUACACUGUGAUUGUCAUAGCCCUGUAUGUUGGCUUUUACUACAACGUCAUUAUUGCCUGGUCACUCUACUACCUGUUCUCCUCCAUGACACGUGAGCUUCCAUGGCUCAAAUGUGGCAACAGCUGGAACAGCAUGAACUGCACUGACCCUGAAUACAUCAAUGGGUCUGUCCUCGGCAAUGGUACUUAUGCCAAGUACAAGAUCACCCCAGCAGCAGAGUACUAUGAAAGGGCUGUGUUGCAUCUCCAUGAAAGUAGAGGUAUCCAGGACCUGGGCUUGCCUCGCUGGGAGUUAACUCUGUGCUUAGUGGUGGUGGUCUUCAUCCUUUACUUCAGCUUGUGGAAAGGUGUCAAGUCUUCAGGGAAGGUUGUGUACAUCACAGCAACUAUGCCGUAUAUCGUCCUCUUUGUGUUGCUCAUCAGAGGCAUAACUCUACCAGGGUCCAUGGAGGGGAUCAAAGCAUACCUCAACAUUGAUUUCAACCGACUCAACAACUUAGAGGUGUGGAUUGAUGCUGCUACCCAAAUUUUCUACUCACUGGGAGCAGGAUUUGGUGUCCUCAUUGCAUUUUCCAGCUAUAACAAAUUUAACAACAACUGCUACAGGGAUGCUCUCUUGACCAGCACUGUGAACUGCGUCACCAGUUUCUUCUCAGGGUUUGCCAUCUUCUCUGUGCUUGGAUACAUGGCUAAAAAACAUAAUGUGAGAGUGCAAGAUGUAGCAACAGAAGGGGCAGGUUUGGUGUUUAUCAUCUACCCAGAGGCAAUUGCAACACUGCCUGGCUCAACAUUUUGGGCCAUUGUGUUUUUCAUCAUGUUGCUAACUUUGGGCAUUGAUAGCUCGAUGGGCGGCAUGGAGGCGGUUAUUACAGGCUUGACAGAUGACUUCAAGAUCCUCAAGAGAAACAGAAAGCUCUUCACCUUUGCAACGGUUUUUGGAACCUUCCUCGUUGCCCUGUUUUGCAUUACUAAUGGUGGGAUCUAUGUUCUGACAUUGUUAGAUAAGUAUGCAGCAGGGACCUCCAUACUCUUUGGUGUGCUGAUUGAGGCCAUUGGAGUGUCAUGGUUUUAUGGUGUGGACCGCUUUAGUGAAGAUAUUGAGCGAAUGAUGGGCUUCAAGCCAGGGCUUUACUGGAGGCUGUGCUGGAAAUUUGUCAGUCCAGCUUUUCUGCUGUUUGUCGUAAUAGCCAGUACGUUGACAUCAGGAGGCCUGAAGUAUGAUGACUACACCUUCCCUUACUGGGCCAACCUUGUGGGCUGGGGAGUAGCAAUGUCCUCCAUGCUGUUUGUUCCCUUUUACGCCAUCUAUAAAUUCUUCAGUGUACCUGGAACUUUCAAGGAGAAGAUAGCCUACUGCAUCACUCCAGAACAUGAGCAUCAUAUGGUGGCCAGUGGAAAUGUGCGGCAAUUCAAACUCAGACACUGGCUGGCCAUUUGAUCAGAAAUACCCAGAGCUCCAUCAUCCAUCAUUUGGAUUUCCUGUGUGCCACCAGUGGUUGGACUCAAAAAGGAAAGCAGUCGGCUCCAGUUUCUCUCAGCAGCUUUUUUCUUCUCCCUUAGUAUUUACCACACAAUGCCUUCAAAGGCUUCACUUUGAUUUCAGGGUUAAGCCUGUUAACAUUCUGAAAGAGUUAUAUCCCUACAGGUUUCAAAGUAGGGGUACCCACUGGGAAAAUUAACUGUUACCUCUACAAGGAAAAUCAUAUGGAAUUGAUGGUUAGUCCCAAUUAAUCAUGGCUUUCACUAUGGUUACGCACAGAUUUAUAUCUCACUAUUACUUCUCAGAAAUUGCACAAAUCAGUUUGACAUCAACAAAUCUAAUCCUCCCUUUGUAUUACUCCAUAGGGAACCAAAACGUUCUGUUUGAUGAGGUGUCUGGUCAUUUACUGCUAAUUCACUAUAGUGAUAAAGAGUUUUGUUCCUUUCAUUCUGUUAGCACAGAGGCUUAUCUCUGUCAGUGCCUUAUUAAGUGAGACACUCCAUGUUUUCUACAGUCUGUCCACAAACAAAGAGUCAACUUUGUUAACUCAGGAACCCACAGAAAUCAUAACAGAAAUCAUAACAGUUAGUUCAUAGUAACCUCUUGGUUUUGACUUAGCUGUUUGACAUUGACAUCAAGGACUGGAUAAAAUUUCAUAUAAUUAGCAAAGGAAAAAAGAAACCGGGCAGAUAAAAUGUUUAUUUGUUACAUUUUAGAAUGAAAAAGGGAAUGAUAGAUGCACUAGACCAAAGACUUUAAAGAACCAUUGCAGGCUUUAUGGAUUAUUGGGAACUGAAAACAGUCUUAUUACCCAGCCUUUUUUCUGGAAUACUAAGCUGGGACUUCAUCAGUGCCUAGCUGAUAACUUAAAUUAACCAAAACAAAUUGCAUUGCUUUUAAUGAGUUUUGUAUCACUGAGUUUUGUAUUAUAUACUGUAACUGUCUUUUUAUUAUUCUUUUGUGUGCAGAUGUAAGGAACAUGUGUGGCUUAUUCUCCAAAAGAACAAUGAGAGAGAGUAGAGAUAGAGAGUGACAGAGAAAAAACCAGAGUGUAUGUGUAUUAUUUCUACUUUUUUAUCCUUUAACAGUUGGCUUUGGUGAAAAGUACAGCAGAGGACUGAAAACCUAAAAAUGCCUCUUUCAGUGUACUGUAUAUUAGAUUUUAUGGUAACUGCAUAGCAGCAACUCUUAUCUUUUUAUUUGAAACACGUAUGAACUUUUGUAUUCUUCAUCAUGAUUAAAGUGCCGACAUUGUCUUUUAGAGGUGAUCUUGUUUAAUUUGUUUUGCAUUUUUUUGCUACUGGGGUGAAGUUGAGUUUAAAGUUGAUAAGAAAAUACUCUAACUGAAAAAGAAUUAAGCCACACAAAAAAGCAAAUAAAUGUGGAGUAUAUAGGAAUACAUAGAUAUAUAAAUAUAUUCUUUUGUUAUAUCUAAUCUUGUAUUUAUCAAAUUGUUUAUAACAAAAUGUGAAAGUAAAGUAUUUUAAAUGUAACUGUCCAUAGUCCUAAUAUGUUGUUUGAUAUAUACCUGAGAGAAACUAUUUAGAAAAAAAGAUAUUCUUCAGUGUACCCUGGGCUACUCUGUCUAAUGAAUGUGAUCAAAUACACCCUGGAUCUCCUGGACCAUGUUUACAGAACUGUUCUAUACAAUACCAAUGUCCGAUUGAACGUGAGUGACAACUGUCUAUGAAAAAGUCUAAAAUAUUCACAAUAUAGAAAUAAAGAGUUUAUUGUAUACACACUUGAA